AUGUCAAGGCCACUGCCCGAGGCAGAAUCAAACAAAAAAGUCGCGUCGUCUGUCCAAGAUGUUCUUGAAAACAAACCCGCGUUUGGAUCUAGGUUCCUCACUGAAGAAGAUGAUGUUUGGAGCCAAAAUGCUUGGGAUCAUGUCCCUCCCCCGGAUGAUCAAGUAGAAACAAUUGAAAAAUCACUGUCCAAACAACGACUCAAUCCUGUGCCCCUUGAGGAUAAGAUCAAACUUAACGAAAAGCCUGCAAAGCAUUGGGAUAACUUUUACAAAAUGAACGCCGACAAUUUCUUUCGGAAUCGCAAGUGGCUUCACAACGAAUUUCCAGAACUCGUGGAUGCAACCAAGGCCGACGGAGGUGCUGUCUCUAUUACAGAAGUUGGCUGUGGUGCGGGGAAUUCUGUCUUUCCACUACUUGCCUCCAAUCAAAAUCCUGAACUGUAUAUUCGUGCAUAUGAUUACUCAUCGCAUGCCGUCAAGCUAGUCCAGAACAACCCCUUGUACACAAAUCCUCCGACAGGGAAGAUUCAAGCAUCAGUGUGGGACGUGACUUCUGCCAACAGUCUUCCUUCAGACCUCGCUCCAGGGUCUGCAGACAUUGUGAUCAUGGUCUUCGUUAUGAGCGCCCUUCACCCCGAUGAAUGGGGUCAAGCCAUCAACAACGUUCACAAGAUCUUGAAACCCGGCGGCGUCGUCCUGUUCCGUGACUAUGGCCGAUACGAUUUAACUCAGCUUCGUUUCAAAGGAGGCCGAUUGCUUGAUGAAAAUUUUUAUAUUCGAGGAGACAAAACACGAGUCUAUUUCUUCGAACUAGGUAAUAACUUGUCAGAGAACAAACUUGAAACCACCAUCAGCACAACAGAAGUUGCGCAGGACGAAGACGGUAACGAUAUACACACACCUUCCCCGGAAGUAAAUGCCGAAAAACAAGGAUUGUCGUCACUUUCUUCAUGUUCCGUCAUCUCGGAGUCGUCAUUGUCAACGGAAGGAAGCAUGUGCACGCCUCCCAUACCCGCUCCGACAGUGAUCCAUCCUAACCUUUUAUCACCUCUUUCCAAUUGUCCUCCACACCCCCUCUUCGCCGCAGAACAACUGGGCGUGGACAGGCGUUUGAUCGUUAAUAGGAAACGCCAGAUUAAAAUGUAUCGCGUCUGGAUGCAGGGCAAAUUCCGAAAACUAUAG